AUGUUGCUCCUUGGGAAGUUUCCGAGACAGUCUCAAAUCCCUGUCUGUAAGUUGAAUCACUGUGUCCUUUCUGCAUUUGGCUAUGGAUCUUCACAGUUGAAUAGUAUUGCAUUUCUUCAACAGGAGCAAGAAGGUUAUGGAUCAGCCAACCCGUCUGAUCUUAACUACCUGGGCAGCUCACAGGGGAGCUCUUCCGUUCCGCGCAGCCGCGCCGUGGAGGAAGGAGACUUGGGCGCGGUAAGCGCGCCAGAGCCGGUGUUGAGCGGCCCAGGCUUACUGCCGACACCGACGGACCAGGCCCACGACAAAGCCCGUGGGAAGCAGAAGAUGGUGGGGUACGAAGGAGAGCCGUGGACGACUGGGCCCAACGGAGAGGACCCAUGGCCGAUUGGGCCCGGGGAGGAGGAUGAGCUUAGCUUCGCGGACAAGGAAUGA